UCACUCGUCAGAGUCACGAAAUUUUCAUCAGUUACGUUUGUACCGCGGGAGCGUAAAAAUAGACACAGAGAACUCCUCAGUGACACAUACAGUUAUACCGAACGCUUAAACAAAAUGGAUCGUUUUGUUAUAAAACGCGUCUCUGUUCAGUCGUCAAGUACGUGUGCACCUGAUAAAAACACACAGGCCAACGAGCCUGGCUCGAUCAUAAAAGAGGCCGCAUCUACAUCAGCUUCUGAGCCGCCUCCCAAGAAGAAAGUCAAGUCAUGGACAAGGCAGUACAGUGACGAGUUUCUGAAGUAUGGCUUCGUCAAGUGUGAACAGGAAAAGGGAGAACCAAGGCCUCAGUGUGUGAUUUGCAGUGAAGUUCUCGCAAAUGAGAGUUUAAAGCCAUCAAAAUUAAAGAGACAUCUCGAAACCAAGCAUCCUAGUCUGGCUACAAAACCAGUUGACUAUUUCCAGAGAAGAAAGGAACAAAUGAAGAUGUCAGUGAAAGUUCUAAAUACAGCAACCACUCUUAAUGACAAAGCACAAUUAGCAUCAUAUUUAGUUUCAUAUCGCAUUGCAAAAGAGAAAGUACCAUACACAUGUGGUGAGAAACUUAUUCUCCCAUCUUGCGUGGAUAUAGUGAGAACGAUGCUCGAUGGAAAGUCGGCAGACAAGAUCAAAUGUGUCCCAAUCAGUGAUACAACAGUGUCACGGCGGAUAAGUGAUAUCGCAGAAAAUUUGGAACUUCAGCUGGUGUCACACCUACAGACUGCUGGAGAAUUUGCUAUUCAGCUGGACGAAAGUACUGAUAUAUCUAACUGUGCAGUGCUCCUGGUGUACGUCAGAUACGUACAUGAAGAUGACUUUUUGGAAGAUAUGCUUUGCUGCUUAACCUUACCUACUCAUUCAUCAGGAUCUGAGAUAGACAGAGUGCUGAAUGACUGCAUAGUUGGAAAAUAUAAGCUGAAAUGGGCCAAUUGCAAAGGAAUUACAACCGAUGGAGCAGCAAAUAUGACUGGGAAAAAGAGCGGUGUUGUGACAAAAAUAUCAGAAGCAGCCGGUAAUGAUGUAACUUGGAGACAUUGUUUCAUCCACCGUAAAGCGCUGGCUGCCAAAGGUAUCCCAGACAAUCUCAGAGGUAUUUUGAAUGACGUAAAAGUUAUCAACACAAUCAAAGGAAGUGCACUUAACAGUCGGUUGUUUGAACUCUUGUGCCUGGAGAUGGGAGCUGAUCAUUCACACCUUUUGUACCAUACGGAAGUUCGAUGGCUGUCCCGCGGGAGAAUUCUAACAAGGGUUUAUGAGCUAAGAAUGGAAAUUCAUAUUUUUCUUCUCGAGAAAAAAUCCAGUAUGGCAAGCUUGUUUUGCAAUGAUGAGUGGAUUCUAAAACUUUCAUAUUUAUCAGACAUUUUCUCAAAGCUAAAUGAGCUUAAUCUAAAACUGCAAGGGAAAGAAACUGAUGUAUUCCGACACUGUGAGGAAGGAAUGCUGUGGCAAGCAAGGCUUGCUGUUGAUCAACCUCUUUAUUAUAUGUUCCCAACACUUUUGCAGCAUAUUGAAGAACAUAAUAACACCAGUGAAGAAACCAUGAAGAAAUUGAAAUGUGAUAUACAGCUGCACCUCCAUUCUUUGUCAAGCAGAUUUGAACAGUAUUUUCCUGAAGAAAACCUUAAGAAUAUAAGAGACAACCAUUGGGUGAAGGACCCUUUUGCAUUUGCAAAACCAGAAGCUGUUAUAGGGCUAAACCAUACACCUGAGGAAGAAAAUGAACUUCUUCAUCUGACAAGUGAUACAUCAUUAAGAAUCAGGAUGCGGUCAUCACCUCUGUCAUCAUUCUGGAUAAGUGUUUCCAAGGAAUAUCCACAUCUAAAUCAUAUCCUUUGUCGUAACUGUGGGGCAGAAUUAACCGAAAAUACGAAGGAAAAUUUUGUCAAUGUCACUAGCCCUCAUUCGGAGUCCAGUCACUGGUUGUCUGUCCUUGGCCAUUCUCAUUUGAUGGUUCAGACACUGCGAAACCCUGCUGAUAUAGCUUUUGACCUUGUCACUGUGAAAAGAACUGGAUGUUCAGGCGUUGGAGAGUGGUAUAGUGACCAUUCUUGGUUUCCUGGCUAUUCGUGGAAGGUCUGCGUCUGUCCUCGCUGCAAGGCACAUCUUGGCUGGUGUGUUUUCUGUACUAUAUUUUAAUCUUUAUCAGGAAAACUUGAUUGGCAAGCUAGGAUAGAGGAACAGCUGGACUGAUACAAGAAGUAUAGUUUAUUGCCUGUUGUAGUAACUCAAGAUAACGUGGAUAUUUCUUCAUGUCCUGGGCUAUAUACACAACAGAACAGAGUUCAUUGUAACAAAUGUUUGGAUGAAUAUGAAAAACAAUAUAGUUGAUGUAAUUCACAUUGUUAUAUUACUAUUGGAACUGCUAACACAAGGAAAAUUACAAAACACUUUUUAAUAUUGAAAUGUCAACCAAAAGGGAAGAAUCAUGUGAUGUCCAUGACCUGCUGGUAAUAUUCUGCAAAAUAUGUUAUCCAAGGUUGUAAUAAUAUCUAGUCCUUAGCAAAGUAGUAACAGAUCACAAACAUUAUGUAACCUCUCAUCAGAUAUAUAAAGGAGCUCCCCAGUAUUCAUCAAUAAAGUCUUGGUAACAUUAAAUACUAUGAAAUAAUUCAAAAGAAACUUUCCAAAAAUCAAGGAAAAGGGUAAACAGGUGAAAUAGGUAAGAGUAAAAACUGACUUCUUGGUGACUAAACAGUUGUAGAGCUAUCUAUGUGUAAAUACAGUAAAUAAACUGAUAUUACAAUGGG